AUGGGAAUUGUUGUCCACGCCCUGCCCACCGCCUCGAUGCCACCGUCCCCCGCAGCCCCACAAGACCGAGACCGGAGGAUGACGCCGUGCCACUGUGGGAGUCAGGUCCCGUUAGCGACGUAACGUGGAGCCCGGUUGGCUCCAAUGUGGCUGGGGGCAGAGACCUCCCAGGCCGAGACCGGAAGUGAUAUUCCGGAAGCGGACGAGCGGUGCGUGUGCUGUCAUCAUAAAAUGGCGGCCUGAGGCGAACGGACUCGGUCUCCCCUGCCUCAGGCCAAGACACUCCAUCCCUCUAUCAAAAUGCAGUAUUCCCAUCACUGUGAGCACCUUCUAGAGAGGCUGAACAAGCAACGAGAGGCAGGCUUCCUUUGUGACUGCACGGUAGUUAUUGGUGAAUUCCAGUUCAGAGCUCACAGAAAUGUGCUUGCCUCCUUCAGUGAGUACUUCGGUGCAUUUUACAGGGAUGCCUCUGACAAUAAUGUGGUUUUGGAUCAGACUCAAGUGAAGGCUGAUGGAUUUCAGAAACUCCUGGAGUUUAUAUACACGGGAAACUUAAACCUUGACAGUUGGAAUGUUAAAGAAAUUCACCAGGCUGCUGACUAUCUCAAAGUGGAGGAGGUGGUCACUAAAUGUAAAAUAAAAAUGGAAGACUUUGCUUUUAUUGCUAAUCCCUCCUCUACAGAGAUUUCUAGUAUUACGGGAAACAUUGAACUGAACCAACAGACUUGCCUCCUCACUCUUCGAGAUUACAAUAAUAGAGAGAAAUCAGAUGUCCCUUCUGCAGACUCAGUUCAGCCACAAGCAAAAAAAGUGGGUUUAGAAAAGAAAUCUACUCAGACCAGGAAGCGAAAAAAGACUUUUAACUCUCAGAAAAACAUGAAGAAUAAACCAGUGCAAUAUCAGAAUGACAUAAUUGAGAACUCAUCAGUCGAUAUGUUUUUAGAUGCAAAUAAACUGGCCACACAGAUAACGGAACAAGCUGCCCAAGGCAGCGAUAACUCGGAGCUACAGCUAGCGUCUGUGGUGGACAGUGAAACUUUUGCAGCACAAGAUGUUUUGAUUCAGACUAUUACAGUGAAACAAAAACGGGGGAAGCUGCAGCAGAACUGUGCAUUGAAAGAACACAGUAUGUCUAAUAUAGCUAGUGAAAAGAACUCUUACCAAUUGGAGAGCACCGGGGAAGAACUAGAUCAGAAAUACUCCAAGGCCAAGCCAGUAUGCAACACUUGUGGGAAAAUAUUUUCAGAAGCCAGUAGUCUACGACGACACAUGAGAAUACACAAAGGAGUAAAGCCUUAUGUGUGUCAACUCUGCGGGAAAGCAUUUACACAGUGUAAUCAGCUGAAAACACAUGUCAGAACGCACACAGGGGAGAAGCCAUAUAAAUGUGAAUUGUGCGACAAAGGCUUUGCCCAGAAAUGCCAGCUAGUUUUCCACAGUCGUAUGCAUCAUGGAGAAGAGAAACCAUAUAAAUGUGAUGUAUGUAAUCUGCAGUUUGCAACUUCAAGCAAUCUGAAGAUCCAUGCCAGGAAGCACAGUGGUGAGAAGCCUUACGUGUGUGAUAGGUGUGGGCAGAGGUUUGCUCAGGCCAGCACGCUGACGUACCAUGUUCGUCGCCAUACAGGAGAAAAGCCGUAUGUGUGUGAUACAUGUGGGAAAGCAUUUGCAGUGUCCAGUUCUCUUAUCACUCAUUCACGAAAACAUACAGGAGAGAAACCAUAUAUAUGUGGUAUUUGUGGCAAAAGUUUUAUUUCCUCAGGAGAGCUCAACAAACAUUUUCGGUCUCAUACAGGUGAAAGACCAUUUAUCUGUGAACUGUGUGGAAAUUCUUACACAGAUAUAAAAAAUUUAAAAAAGCACAAAACAAAAGUUCACACAGGAUCUGAAACCACCCUUGAUUCUAACACAGUUGAUAACUCCUACAAUGAGCAAGAAUCCAUUCAAAAUCAAAAAAGCCCUUUGUCAGAGUCUGCAGAUGUGAAGCCUUCUGAGAUGUCUUUACCACUUCCUCUUCCCAUUGGGACUGAAGACCAUCAGAUGCUGCUGCCUAUAACUGGUAAUCAGUCUCCUUCCUCAGACACAUUGCUGAGGUCUGCUGUGACUGGAUAUUCAGAACCUCAGUUUAUUUUCCUGCAGCAAUUGUACUGACUCUGUGCAAUAUGGGAACCAACAAGACAAUCCUGGUAGUGAACACACUAUUGGUAAGGUGAACAUAAUCAUCCAAGCAGUUGGACUUACUCUUUCUCAUUCUUUUGAGUGAAGACAUUUGGUAAUGUAUCUACACUGUGCAGUGCUGUUUCUCAUUUCUUGUUACAUUUUGCUAAUCCGGAAUCAUAUUUAUCAUUGUAAUUGACCACUGACUUUUCCUAGGAGGAAAUACCUUUCCAGAGCACCUGCCUUAAGAAACGUGUGCUAAAUAGAUACGUAACUGUACUCUGGAGAUCUCCUCCAAUGCUCAUGCAGAGCUAACAUAUUAGUGUCAUUUGUGAGCAGACUUUCAAGCCAUAUUUUUGUUAGUUAAUUUACUUUAAAUACCUUAACUCACAGGUGUGGUCCUUGUACACAGCCUUGUAUAAAAAAAAAAAAUUGCAUGACAAAUUUAUUAAACACAGGCUCCCAAACUCCAGGCCAAUGUAAGAGGAGUAUAUGAUGGCAACUGGGCCAGUUCUUUAGUGAAAUGUUUUUGAAGCAUUACUGGUGUUGAUCAGAAGCAGCUGUUUGCCAGUCAGACUAGAUGGAAAGCUUUGGGCAAAUGCCAUGACAGCUGAGGGAGGCUUUUUCCUUGAGCAAUGAUUUAGAGGCUAGAUAGCACAUAGCCUUUCCCUCUCCUGGAUUCACAUUCAGAUGUGACAAACAUGAGUUUGAUCCUAGCUGUCAUCUCUCCACAUCCCCCAAAACAUCUCAUAGUUUGACAGAAGUGACAGUCUUCUGCUCAGGAGAGGUCAAAAGAUGGAAUAUGGUGAAUGCUGUAGGUCACAUUGGAUUAAGAUUAUUGUAAGUAAGAAGAUGUAUUGAGUUAGCUGUGAGGAGACAUGGCUAGCAAAUGUCUGACUUCUAUCAUCAUAGUUACUAAUAUUACAGUAGCACCUAGAACUCCCAAUCAGGAUCAGAGCCCUUUUGGGUUAAGCACUGUACAGACACAUCAGUUCCUGCCCUGAAGCGUUUACAAUAAAUGAGCAACAAAUUUACUCUCAAAAAAUUAAGUGAAAGCUAAAGAUGAGGGAGUUUUAGUAAAGAAGAUUGAUCCAAGGCCCUAAACUUUGCAGUUACCCACAAUAGGCUCUUACUAUUCCAUGCCAGAAUUCAGGAAGGCAUAAUAGAAAAACAUUUCCUUAAAAAAUAAAUGUAGUGUUUAUUUACUGCUUUAUUUCCCAUGCCAGUAGUGCAGUUUUAGGCAGUUGCUGUGGUUUGUAGCAAGACCCAUGUGAAAAAGCUUUGUUUUUUAUACCACAAUGUGUAGUGUUUUGUUUUGUUUUUUUUAACAUUCUUGUGCAAGCGUUGGCACACAGGCCAGAAAUUAGGGUCUUCAAUUCCUCUUUCUUUUGCUGCUGCUUCUGUCUGCUCUAUGGUGCUGAGACAGACUACUCUGUCCUCUCUGCUAAGGGUGGUUCUUAAGGUUUCUCUUGGACUCCUUAUUUCCUCACACCAGUUGGUUUCAACUGAACAGCUUCAUGUGGAGUCUUUGUGUUGACAUCCAGAGUACAUGCCCCAGAUAUGUUCAGGGCUUCCUUCUGAGUCUGGUGGAAAUGAGUUGAUGAUUGAUGAUUUCAUGGAUCUCUUCAUUGGUAAUGAAGUCUUUCUCACUGUCCAGAAUCUUUCAUAGGCACUUAUUUUCAAUGGUGUCUAGUUUUCUGUCUAACCAUUUGGUAGAUCUCCAUCUGUCACAGCCAUAUGUUAGCACUGAGAUUACAUUAGAAUUGAAAAUUCUCAGUUUUGGUCUGAUGCUCUGAAGAUCUCAUUGAUUACCAUAUUAAGGUUAGUAAAUGCUUUUUGUGGCUGCCUUUCCUAUUCUUGAUGUCACUUCCUUCUUGUGAUGUGUAUUGGUCAGUAUGGUGCUGCCAAGGUAGAUGAAUGGGUUUACUUUCUUGAUUUUUGGCAUCUAAUAUUAUUGCUUGAAAUCUAGGUUUCAAAGAUGUUUGUUUUAGCAUGAUUGAUUUUGAGCCCUGAUUGGCCUGUUGUUGUUGGCAAGGUCGUCUGUCUUUAAUAGUAACUUUUCAUGGGUGUCAUUCAGCAUAUCAUCAGCAAAAUCUAGGCCUUCUAGACAUUUGUCAACUCCCCCCCCCCCCCCGCCGCUAUACCAGUGUUAGUAUUGCUAAUACACUUCUUCAAUAUUCAGUCUAUGGCAAUGCCAAACAGCAGCAGCAAUAAAAUGCAGCCCUGUUUCACAUUAGUGUCCACACUGAACCAUUCAGUUGUCUGGGUGUCCACUGUUGCAGAGCACUUCACAUCUCUGUACAUGGCCUUGAUGAUAAUUACAACUUUAGCUGGAUUCCAUAGGAGUGAAGAAUGAAUAGUCCACAAUGUAUGUCUAUCUUUGGGGGGGGAUGCCUUUUUGGGGAAAAAAAAAAAACAGUGAAAUUAUUGAGGGGAGCUUGCCAUUCUAUACUUUCUUCUGUGGUGGUCCUUAACUGAAUAUCUGGUCUACACAGAAUCUCUUGGGCCUGAAUCCAGCCUGUUUUCUAUGCUUUGCAUCCACUGCCUCUUUCUUCCUGUUUAGAAUCACACUACCGAAGGUUUUCCCUGCAAUAGAGUUGUGUAAUUCCUCUCCAGUUGUUACAGUCAAUAAGAUCACCCCUUUUGGACAUUCUGACAAUGAUUCCAUGUUUCCAUUCGUCAGGAGGCUUCUCUUUUUCCCAGACUUUAUCGGACAGCUCUGUCAGUUUCAUUAAGGUGAUAGUAUCAAAUCCUUUUAGCAUUUCUGCAGUGACUUGAUCAUCUCCUGCUGCUUUAUUUUUUUUCAGCUUCCUGAUUGUGGCCUUUACUUCUGUCAUCUCUCUUGGACUGAUGGAAACGUCACGUUGGUCAGGUUUGCAUGUUUAAAUGGAAGUCUGGUGCUGAAGUCCGCCUUGGUCUGUUGAGGACUUCUCUGAAUGCUUUGCCCAUUUAUUUUUCUAUUUUACCUUAGUUGUAAGCAUUUUUCCAUCUUUGCUUUUUAUUGGCCCAUGUCCUAUUCUGAAAUUGACACACAGGAUUUUAAUCACUUGGUAAAUAGCCCUGACAUCCAUAAUAGCAGCAGCUUCAGCUGCUAGAUCUUCAAUGUUUCUUCAUUCAUCUGCCCUUGUGUUGCUUUUCACCUCUCUAUCUGCUUUCAUGCACUCCUCUGCUUUUCCCAAUACUCUGGUUGGUUUUAGCAUUCAGGAGUUUUCCUUUGAUAUCCAAAUGUGGCUACUACAGCUUGAACCACAUUGUCUGUAAGCCGGGCCCAAGGAGUUUAUAUGAGCUUUCUCUUUAACAAGCAGCGUUUCUGGUGUCUGACAGUGUCACUGCUUAAGCUCCAUUGUGAUUAGUGGGAGUGUUUUUAUGCCUCACCAAGCCAAUCUUAGAACUCUCAAGAAUAAUCAAUAAAAAGCCACAUAGGCAUGUUUUCUCCAGUCAGAAACAGUAUCUGUGAUAUUUUUAAGUGCAUUCUUUGUUGUUUUUUUAUUUGUUGAUACCAUUUUAUCUGCAUUGGUGCCUAGGGGCUAGGCCUUGGUAAACAGAAGAGCGUAGAAGAUGCCUAUUAAUAUAAUUCCUACUCUACUCCCUAUAACUCAUCUUCACCUAAUUAAAAGGGCUUUGUGAAAAAUUUCUUAGUGGAUUUAUCCUCUGCAAAUGGAACCCUGAAUCCUGGGCAUGGCUCUGUCUUUUAUUUGUUGCUUUCUUUAUCCAUGUGUGUGUUUUCCUCUUUGUCUGUACCUUUUAAAUUAAAUAGAUGUCUCAUCUUUUGUUGUUUAUCAUUUUAAAUGUGACAUGUGUAAUACUGUUUUUGAUUGUUUAAUGCCUAAUUACAUGCGGUCAAUUUGCUGUUGAGGGUUACUGGACAUUAUGAAGUACAACCAAGUCUCCCAAAAAUCUUCUCACUGCAGUAAAACGAAUCCUUGCCAUUGCUUCCUGACCUUCACAGUAUUUGCUUGUCUCCAUCAUGUCUAUGCCACAGCAUUUGCCAGCAUCUACUGUCCUUCAGCACACGGUUGUAGGACACUGGAUGAAUCAUUUUGAGUUUUCAGUGGUGCAGUGUGGCUUUUUUCAUUCUUUUGAAAUCUUUGUUUUUUCCUUCGUAAUCUUUCAAGGAUUCCAUGGCCAACUGGUAAUUCUGUGACUGAAGAAUCGCACCAAAAAGCAGGGCCUUGAAUAUAAGUGACAAAGGUCCACUCCUUGUGACCAGAUCUAAGGCUGCAUUUUCUGACCAAAAAUACAGCAAAGGUAUAAAGAUGAAUGCAGUUUCAGUAAUUAGUAUUGCACAAAAGAAAAGCCAUCUUAAGUGCUCUGCCAGCUUAUAUGGUUACACUGCUCUUUGGCAAGUUCAUCUUUAAAUGUAUUAAAGUACAUCUCUUCUUAUGUGCUACUACUUUAAAAAAAAAAAAGUUUAACUUGUUCAGAAUUACUGAGUAAUGCAUAUAUUACCAGAAGAGCAAAUUAACUCUGAAAAACACAUUCCUGUGUAGAAUAUGCAUUCCAUAAGAGUGUUUGUUUCAACUGUUCUUAUAUUUCUAAAAUUUUAGAUUACUACAGUAUUCUUACAUUUCAGACUUUAAAAAACAAAAAAAAAAAAAUCAGUGCUUAUAUUUAUACUGGAUCCAGUUUAGAUAUUUAUAGAGGUGACAUUUGCUUUAUAUUACUCAUUUAGUUUUCUUUAUACACAGGAAGAUCAUCAUUUUUACAAGACAACGGUUUUAAACCUCUCUUCACAGAAUACACAGGUUCUGAUAAAGUUGUUCUCUUGCAGCAAUAAUUUAAUGAUCUGUACUCUUGAGUACCAAUUCUUAUCCUCAACUUUGAUGAAAAUGACUCAGCUGCUGAGUUGAUUUCCCUUAAAUAUAUUAAUUUAAUAUAACAUAAUUUAAAAAAAUGUGUAGGAGUGUUCCAGCUGGGUGCUGUAGAACUUUGAGAGAGAGAGAGAGAGAGAGAGCUGUACUGCAUAUCUGUGACAAUGCCUGGAGUUCUUUCCAUGCAUCUCUUAUGUGGCGGCUUACUGCUCUUAAGUUCUAUUUGGAGCUGGAAGUUAUAUCAAGAGGAUUGAUGGUCCAUGUAAAGAGCGAAUGGGGGAAAACAUGGACAUCUUAAAUAGUCAAAUGCCGUUAAUAGUUAACCAAAGUUCUCCUUUCUGAAAAAUGAAAGUGGGACCAUUAAAAUUUCUUUAAAAUCUUGAAAAAGACUUCUAAAGACUAUCUCAAGUGUGAUCCAAAUCUCAGCAAGUCCACUAACUUCAAUGGAAGUUUUGCCUGAGGGCUUGACUGCUCUUGGAAAUUGACCAAAAUAGCUAGCUAUUCCAGAAUGGGGAGUUAUACCAGAAUAGCUAUUCUGCAAUAAUUUUUUUGGUAAGCUCCAAGUGUAGAAAAACCCAGAGUAAGGAUUACAAGACUGGACUUUGUGAGAGGCCGUUGGUAAGAUUUACAGAAAUAGGUCUAGAUAAGAACUAGUAAUCGAUUUGGGUUAAGUUAUUUUUGAAGUAUUUUUCCUGUAUAUACAAAGUGUUUUUCCUUCUGCUAUGUGUAUAUAGUUCAGUUCUUUUUUUAUAAUCCCAUGGGGAGGGGAGGUGUGUGUACAUAGGUUGCAGUGUUUGUUAGGCUUUAAUAAACUUGUUUUGUAAUUUUCCCUCA